AUGGUGGGAAACAUUAAUGGUAGCCAACAGGAUGGUGUUGUCAUGAUGGGAACCAUUAAUGGUAGCCAACAGGAUGGUGUUGUCAUGAUGGGAACCAUUAAUGGUAGCCAACAGGAUGGUGUUGUCAUGAUGGGAAACAUUAAUGGUAGCCAACAGGAUGGUGUUGUCAUGAUGGGAAACAUUAAUGGUAGCCAACAGGAUGGUGUUGUCAUGAUGGGAAACAUUAAUGGUAGCCAACAGGAUGGUGUUGUCAUGGUGGGAAACAUUAAUGGUAGCCAACAGGAUGGUGUUGUCAUGGUGGGAACCAUUAAUGGUAGCCAACAGGAUGGUGUUGUCAUGAUGGGAAACAUUAAUGGUAGCCAACAGGAUGGUGUUGUCAUGAUGGGAAACAUUAACGGUAGCCAACAGGAUGGUGUUGUCAUGGUGGGAAACAUUAACGGUAGCCAACAGGAUGGUGUUGUCAUGAUGGGAAACAUUAACGGUAGCCAACAGGAUGGUGUUGUCAUGGUGGGAAACAUUAACGGUAGCCAACAGGAUGGUGUUGUCAUGGUGGGAAACAUUAACGGUAGCCAACAGGAUGGUGUUGUCAUGAUGGGAACCAUUAACGGUAGCCAACAGGAUGGUGUUGUCAUGAUGGGAAACAUUAACGGUAGCCAACAGGAUGGUGUUGUCAUGAUGGGAAACAUUAACGGUAGCCAACAGGAUGGUGUUGUCAUGAUGGGAAACAUUAAUGGUAGCCAACAGGAUGGUGUUGUCAUGAUGGGAAACAUUAAUGGUAGCCAACAGGAUGGUGUUGUCAUGAUGGGAAACAUUAAUGGUAGCCAACAAGAUGGUGUUGUCAUGGUGGGAAACAUUAAUGGUAGCCAACAGGAUGGUGUUGUCAUGAUGGGAAACAUUAAUGGUAGCCAACAGGAUGGUGUUGUCAUGAUGGGAAACAUUAAUGGUAGCCAACAGGAUGGUGUUGUCAUGAUGGGAAACAUUAAUGGUAGCCAACAGGAUGGUGUUGUCAUGAUGGGAAACAUUAAUGGUAGCCAACAGGAUGGUGUUGUCAUGAUGGGAAACAUUAAUGGUAGCCAAAAAGAUGACAGUGUCAUGAUGGGAACCAUUAAUGGUAGCCAACAAGAUGACAGUGUCAGGGUGGGAACAAUAUGGUAG